AUGCGCGAUCUUAUCCUCCGCCUGGAUAGCGAUGAGCAGCAGUGGCCACCGGAGGUAGAGCCGCCAGCAAUAAUAUUCGCAAUCAAAAAGGCCGAUCAGGAUGCUAUUCAGCGUUGUUCAGGAGCAGGUGGCUCUUUCGCCAGACUUCUUGUCGAAUGCACUGGAGCAGGUCAACAGCAUCCAGAGCAAAUAGCACACCACACUGUUGGUCUAAUCGGUCAAAACUUCAACAAAAUUACUUUUAAUGCUUUCCAUCUUGUGGACGAAGCUGUUUUCCAAACAUGUACGUAA